AUGCUGCGCGCCUUGAGACGACAACCACAACACGGUCGGAGCAUGACCAUCAGGCGUCGUGCCGCGUAUUGUGCGCGCGGAACUAGUAGCAGCAGCACAGAUCCUGGCAAUUUACAGUAUGUAGAAAUUGGCGACGUGCGAGCUCCAAUCACAACGCCAAAGUCAAUCGAGUUGGUGCCCCGUGGGUACAUGAUGGAGAUGCAGCAAGGACGGCCGAUGGCUCAGACUUUACUCGGACAUCUUCGAUGGAUGCUGCAAAAAGACCUAUUGAAGCAAGAUAUGUUUCUGAUAGGACCUCCGGGAUCAUCCCGACGACUACUGAGCAUGCGGUUUUGUGAGCUUUUGAAGAAAGGGGUGGAAUACAUUGCCGUAUCCCAGGAUACCACGGAGGCAGACUUGAAACAGCGUAGAGAGAUUGUCAACGGUGCAGCUACUUUCGCGGACCAGGCUCCUGUUCGAGCUGCUAUUCAUGGCCGUGUGCUCGUGAUUGACGGCCUUGAAAAAGCAGAGCGGAACGUUUUGCCCACGCUGAACAAUCUACUCGAGAACCGAGAAAUGAAGCUGGACGACGGGCGCUUUCUUAUGAAGGCAGAAAGCUACGACGCGUUGGUGGAGAAAGGUUUCUCGGUGGAUGCUCUGGAGGCCCAGAAUUUGGUACGAGUUCAUCCGGAUUUUCGCGUCAUCGGAUUGGGUCUCCUAGUACCCCCGUAUCCUGGCCGUACAUUAGAUCCACCUCUACGAUCGAGGUUUCAGGCACGAGAUAUUCAACCUAACUCACCGGGUUCACAGCUUGAGGAAUUGGUGGUCCAGACUCCAUCCUUCCCAGUGCAUACGCUCGAAAAACUUGUCGGGAUUCGAGAGGCUGUGAACACAAUCGAAUCCGUGUACGACGGAGGAGCGAGCACAGGACCACGUAUGCCGCACUUCGACUUUCUGUCGCUUGCACAUUGCGCAAAACUGUUGGAGAAGUUUCCGCAUGCAAAUGUAGCUAACGCUAUACAGCGGUCUUUUCCGGUUCGAACGGAUGUUCUUGGAGCCAGAACCGAGGCCAACGCGAAGGCGCUUACUCGCAUCGUCACAAGGUUUACCAGCGAUCUCAAGAGCGCGGAGUAUACGCUUCAAAGUGUGGCCAAGAAUUCUGCUAAAGACGUGACAGCAACGGUGAGCUUUCGUUCCCAUUCGGACCAAAUUGUGCUGGACAACAUCCCAUGUGGAACAACAUGCGCACGAAUGGAUGCGAUGCCGGGGUUUGUGGAGACAGACACUCAUUUAAAAGUUCUCGCCGAAAUGAUGCAAGACCAUGCCGUCGGCAGGGACCUGUGUGUCCUUGGAGCAAAAGGCAGCGGGAAGUCUGCUUUGGUGAGGCUGUUUGCUUUCCGUUUGGGGUACGCGACCGAGCUUUUCAGCCUGUUCAAGGAUAUGACUACGCGAGAUCUUCUCCAGCGACGGUCUACUGACUCUCAAGGCAACACACGAUGGGAAGACAGUCCACUCAUCCACGCUGCUCGAAACGGGCAUCUCUGUGUGCUAGAUGGAGUUCAUCGCCUGAGAAGUGAUGGUCUAGGAAUACUUCAAAGGCUUGUCCAAGACCGGGAGAUUGACCUGGCAGAUGGCUCCAAACUAGUAUCUCAGCCAACUUACGAUGCUAUCGUGGCCAAUGCAAACGAAUCUGGAGACGUGGGUGCGCUGAGUCGAGUGUCUGCCAUUCAUCCCUCUUUUCGUAUCAUCGCCAUCGCUGAGGCUGAUUCUGCAACGUCAAAAAGAACGAUUUCUUGCCCAGGCAAGGAGUCUGCAGCUGCAUGGCUGAACUCGGACAGUAUAUCGAUGUUCAACUUUCACCACAUGCCGACACUGCCUACUAAACAGAGCGGACACGUUGUCCGACAUUUGUAUCCUGACCUCCCUGAUGAGACGACAAGAAUUCUGCUGAUGUUUUCAGAGAAGUUGAAAACCGCCAAGAAAGAAAGCGCGAAUGCUGACCACCUUGCACUUUCACUAUCCACGCGCCAGCUGCUGCGUAUUUGCCGUCACCUCAACGCAUUUCCGCAGCAAUCGUUGCAAGAUUUGCGGUCGUUGCUGCAUGAUACGCUACUUACGAAAUUCUUGUCACCAUCAUGCAGCGAGCUAGUCGAUUCUCUUCUGAAUAAGUGCAAAGCUCCAGCUUCGAAGUCAGCCGUGGUUGAUCUUCAGGUGCAGAAAGCAGAUGCCAUCCGCGAGGAGGAAGGACGCUUAUACAUUGGCGAUGUUUCGUAUUCGAUCCAAGUCCCGAGUAUCCCGGAGCUGGUUCCCCAGCCACACUAUUUUGACAUUCCAAAGCAUACCCGUUGCAUGCAAGACAUGCUACAAGAUAUUGUAGCGGGUCAAAAACACUUGCUCUUGAUCGGCAACCAAGGCGUGGGAAAGAACAAGCUAGCGGACAGAUUGCUGCAAUUGCUGCAGCAGGAGCGCGAGUACAUUCAGCUGCAUCGUGAUACAACUGUGCAAACUUUAACGUUGGCGCCAACACUUGUGGACGGGAGCAUUGUGUGGAAAGACUCACCACUUGUCCGGGCUGCCAAAACUGGUCGAACACUUGUCGUUGACGAGGCUGACAAAGCACCACUGGAGGUUGUUUGUGUUUUGAAGGGGUUGAUUGAAGACGGCGAAAUGCUCCUGGGUAAUGGCAAGCGCUUGGUCGAUCCCACGAAAAUAGCAAUAGAGGAAUGGCAUAACAAGGAAAACAUCAUCGAGCUUCACCCGGAUUUCCGCAUGUGGGUGCUUGCGAAUCGUCCGGGAUUCCCUUUCUUAGGAAACAACUUUUUCCGUGAGAUCGGUGAUAUCUUUGCAAGCCAUGCGAUCGAGAACCCAGAUGAAGCAUCGGAGCUCGCUUUGCUAACUGCGUACGCGCCAAACGUUCCUACUGACAUUUUGCGCCAGCUCUGUAAAGCUUUUGCUGAAUUGCGGGAUUUGGUGGAGAAUGGUACCAUCACGUACCCGUACUCAACUCGCGAGGCUGUUGCGGUGGCAAAACACCUACAGCGCUUUCCUACUGACGAAGUGGGAUCCGUACUGGCAAACGUCUUUGCUUUUGAUGCCUACGAUCGAGCCAUGCUUGCUCAAGUAUCCGACGUCUUUGUGAGGCAUGGAAUCCUUCUUUCCAGCAGCAGAGAAGUUUCAUCUCUUGAAAUGAAUAUCACAACAGCGGAUGGCUCUAGAGUAGGCGGACUAUCGACGCCUAAGACGGGUCUGGACGCUCCAAAGUACGGUAAAGAAGAUCCGAAAAACGAUCCUCAUGUCGGAGGCAAUACAUGGGCUGGAGGGACUGGCGGAUCGGACACAGCUGGACUGGGAGGCCGUGGCGGUCCGUAUCGACUUGACAAAGGUCAUCCGGUGCACCAGGUCUCGCAAGCAAAGAAGGAUGAGGUGUCAGCUGCAGCACGUGCCAAGGCCCAUGCCAUUGCACAGGAGGCACUUGCUGACAAGUUGCGCGAGAUCGACAUGAGUGAUCGCGAAUGGAAAACGUACGAGUCGUUUCUCAAACGUGUGGAGCGAGAGAGUUCCCAAUUGCGUGCGAUUUUAGCAAACCUGGAAACAGUGACUGAAGAGCGGAAUUGGCUGCGACACCAGUCGAGUGGCGAGCUAGACGACGGCAAGCUUGUAGACGGCAUUGCUGGUGAGCCGCUCGUGUUCAAGCGUCGUGGGGUGAGUGACUCGCCAUUUCGAGCCUCAGCAGGAAGCUCACAGAGCCAAGAUCCCAAACGGAUGCUGUUUGUUAUGGACGUGAGCGGGAGCAUGUUUCGCUUCAAUGGCCAGGAUGCCCGUCUCGAGCGUAUGCUCGAGACAUCUUUGAUGAUCAUGGAGAGUUUUGCGGGCUUCGAGCGAGAGCUGGACUAUAGUAUCCUGGGUCAUAGUGGCGAUUCGCCCGAGAUUCCAUUCGUGGAGUUUGGGGCACCGCCUAAAGACCGCAAGGAGAGGCUGCAAGUGCUUCAGAGGAUGGUCGCUCACUCUCAGUUCUGCCGUAGCGGAGACCACACCGUUGAGGCGAUUGAACGUGGUAUCCAGCGUGUUGCUGCGCUCGAGGGCGACGAGCGCUUCGUGUUUGUCGUGAGCGAUGCCAACCUCGAGCGCUACGGGAUUGAGCCCCGAGAUCUUGGUCGCAAGCUACUGGCAGACCCAAGUGUGCAGGCCCAUGCGCUUUUCAUUGCCUCGUUCGCUGACGAAGCCGAACAGAUCCGAUGCGCGCUGCCUAAUGGUCGAGGUCAUGUCUGCCUCGAGACGUCCGACUUGCCCAGGACCUUCAAGCAAAUUUUCACGUCAGCUUUGGGCAGCAACUAG